GCCCGUGUUGUCGCGGCGGCCCUGAGAUGGCGGCGGUGGCGGCGGGCGCGUCGGGCUCGGCGGCCGGCGCGGCCCCUCAGCAGCAACCGCCGCCUCAGCAGCAGUCGCAGCCGGCAGCGGGUGGCGCGGCGGGUUCCGGGGAGGCGGGCGGCGGAGGCGGUGGGGGGGCGGGUGGAGGAGGUGGCGGCGGCGGCGGCGCUGGGCCCGCACCGGGGUCGGGGUCGGGCGGCGGCGCGGCCGGGGGGGAGUCGUGGUACCUGGCGUUGCUGGGCCUGGCCGAGCACUUCCGUACGUCCAGCCCGCCCAAGGUGCGGCUCUGCGUGCACUGCCUGCAGGCCGUGCUGCCCCGCAAGCCCCCGGCCCGCAUGGAGGCCCGCACCCACCUCCAGCUCGGCUCCGUCCUCUACCACCACACCCGCAACGGCGACCAGGCCCGCGGGCACCUGGAGAAGGCGUGGUUGAUAUCCCAACAAAUUCCCCAGUUUGAAGACGUUAAGUUUGAGGCAGCCAGCCUUCUGUCCGAGCUGUAUUGUCAGGAGAAUUCAGUGGAUACAGCAAAACCUCUGUUACGCAAAGCCAUUCAGAUUUCACAGCAGACUCCGUACUGGCACUGUAGAUUGCUUUUUCAACUUGCACAACUACAUACACUUGAAAAAGACUUAGUAUCUGCGUGUGACCUUCUCGGAGUUGGGGCAGAAUAUGCUCGGGUGGUAGGAUCAGAGUAUACCAGAGCACUGUUUCUGCUAAGCAAGGGGAUGCUCCUUCUAAUGGAACGGAAGCUGCAGGAGGUGCACCCUCUCCUUACUCUUUGUGGGCAAAUAGUUGAAAACUGGCAAGGAAACCCCAUCCAGAAGGAGUCGUUACGCGUGUUCUUCCUAGUCCUGCAGGUCACGCAUUACCUGGAUGCUGGGCAGGUGAAAAGUGUGAAGCCGUGCCUGAAGCAGCUUCAGCAGUGCAUCCAGACCAUCUCCACGCUGCACGACGAUGAAAUUCUGCCCAGCAACCCUGCUGAUCUCUUUCACUGGCUGCCCAAGGAGCACAUGUGUGUGCUCGUCUACUUGGUGACAGUGAUGCAUUCCAUGCAAGCAGGAUACCUGGAGAAGGCUCAGAAGUACACAGACAAAGCACUCAUGCAGCUAGAGAAGCUAAAAAUGUUGGACUGCAGUCCCAUCUUGUCAUCUUUCCAAGUUAUUUUGUUGGAACACAUUAUCAUGUGCCGGCUUGUCACGGGACACAAAGCCACAGCAUUGCAGGAGAUUUCACAAGUCUGUCAGCUCUGCCAGCAGUCUCCCAGGCUGUUCUCUAAUCACGCUGCCCAGCUGCACACGCUAUUAGGGCUCUACUGCAUUUCUGUUAAUUGCAUGGACAAUGCAGAAGCACAGUUUACUACAGCACUGAGGCUCACUACACAUCAAGAACUGUGGGCGUUUAUUGUGACGAACUUAGCCAGCGUGUACAUCAGGGAAGGCAACCGGCAUCAAGAGCUUUACAGCUUGUUGGAAAGGAUAAAUCCAGACCAUAACUUCCCUGUGAGCUCUCACUGUCUUCGAGCAGCAGCUUUCUACAUCCGAGGCCUCUUCUCCUUCUUUCAAGGAAGAUACAACGAGGCAAAACGAUUUUUGCGAGAGACGCUGAAAAUGUCAAAUGCCGAAGACUUGAACCGAUUAACGGCGUGUUCUCUCGUACUCCUGGGUCAUAUAUUCUAUGUGUUAGGGAAUCACAGGGAAAGUAAUAAUAUGGUAGUACCAGCCAUGCAGCUUGCGAGCAAGAUACCAGAUAUGUCUGUGCAGCUGUGGUCCUCAGCUCUGUUGAGAGACCUGAACAAAGCCUGCGGAAACGCCAUGGAUGCACACGAGGCGGCACAGAUGCAUCAGAACUUCUCACAGCAGCUCCUGCAGGAUCACAUCGAAGCGUGCAGUCUUCCAGAACACAACCUCAUCACGUGGACAGAUGGACCACCUCCUGUACAGUUCCAGGCACAGAACGGACCCACCACCAGCCUGGCCAGUCUCCUGUGAAACAGAAUAACUAUCGGGACAGUUAUGUUUAAAAAGAAAGAAAGAAAAAAAAAAAUGCCAAAAAAGGAGAAAAAAAAAAAUUCAUGCAAAAAUCUUUUCUUCAAAGAAAAGGCAGCAAAUUCCUCUUCUAGUGAGGGCCUUGUAGGAAACCGAUUGCAGAAAGACAACGUACAUUUCAUAGACUUGCAAAGUGAGAAGGGCAUUUUAAGCUGCUUUUACCUGUGUGUGAAUAUACAGCUAGUGUGUAUAUACCUGCUGGUUUUAAUCUGCUUUCCUCUUGCUGAGAAUUAAGGUUUAGUCCAAAGGACGCUUGUUCCUUAAAUUCUUAGAUACCGACUUUUUAAAAAAACUGUCACAGGAAAUGAAGAGGACUCACACAGUUUUGAAUACUAAUUGUAUUCUAAAUACUUCAGCCUUCCCCGAAGUACGAUGCGUGCCCAGUUUAAUGUUUCCUGCACCCUUUCGCUCCUGGGAAUAAUUGGAUUAAAUCAUGCUUGAUCGUAGGGUGCCCUAAAGUUCUAAAUUUAGUUUCUGAGGUAAUAUUCUUUCCUUCUCGUUGUCUGCAAGCUGCUGCCGGUGCUGUUGUAGCCUUGCAGGUGAAGGUAAGGAUGAGAUCGGGGAGAUGCGAGUUCUGACGGGGGUGUGUUUGUGUCCUCGGGCUCCGCUCCAGGCUGAGCGGAGCAGACGUCGUUGGCAGAGGAGCAGGUUCCGUGUCCCAGAUUCCUGAGCGUGUGACAAUGUGCCACCGCUUUGUCCCUAUGAGGGUCUUCCUUCCAUCUCCCCGCAGUGACGUCCAGUCCCGCGCGGGGUAAGGCAGAACCACAGCUCUCUCCAGCGCCGCUACUUUGUCAUGAUCUGUAGGGAAGGGGGAAAUUUCUCGUCCCCCCGUGUAAUCCCUCCGUGGCCAAGCAACUGGGAAACAGCGUUUUGCAUCUUUGCUGCAGCCUCGCCAAGGGAAGGCAGCGUCUGUGCCUUAAUGAUUUUUACAAGUGAUUGAAGUCAGAGUUAAACGAGGUGGUUAAAACCCAGAUCUAAUAUAAGCCAGAGGCUUAUGAUAAAAACUAAACUCUAGUCUUACCCUUGGCAAAAAUUUUAAAGUUUCCAAACUUUUCUGUGUUAGCUUUCCUGUUCUAGCUCAGUUUUUUGUGAAUUCUCGCUGCGUUUGCCUGCGCCUCUGCAGCUCUCUCGGAACAGGAGAGAGACGAGGCCCAGGGUUGUUCUGCACAAAAUAGUUAAUGGGAGUUGUUAAUUCCAUGGAGCGUCAGCAGCUUUCUAGCGAGGAUGUGUGCCAGUCCGUCGUAGCGCCCUGUAAAGCUUGCGAGGUUCAUGGGGUUGAAUAAAGGUGUUUUUCUCUCUUGGUAGCUCUGCAUAUUUAUCUCCCAACUUAAAAGGGGGAGGGAAGAGGAAUCUGCUAGAAAAAUGAACUUGCGUAGGGCUUUCUGUGCUUGCCUCUUUUUCUGAGGGAGGAGGAGAAUGUUUUAGAGGAAAUAUCUGACCCCCUUAAACCUUUAGAACUUUUAUUGUAGAAGGAAUACUGUGAAAUCUGUCUCCAGUGGUCAUUCUUUUUCAGUUUGUCCCCUCUCUAGCAACAGCUCACGGACACACUUGCUUUUUGUCAUUCAAACCCCUCCAUUUUUACCACUGAAUGACAAUAACUGGACAAGUGCUUGUCCAAUCACCAAAACAGGAUUUUAUCUUUUCUCUACUGGACACGCGAUGCCGAUUUAGAUCCUGUUUUUAGCCAUUUACUCUUGCAGAAGCCAUGUAUAUAACAAGAGGCCUUGUUAAAACUCCUACAGGGAAAACAUGGCCUCAGUAUUGAUGUAGGGAGAGAGUUUUAUUGCUGGGUUUGCAAGGAAAGAAUUCAGGGCUGUUUAAAAUCUCCCUUAGAACUCAAAAAAUAGGAAAGAUAUUUGUGAGUUAGCGCGUGGGGUAUUUGGAGGUACCAAAUCCAGGGAGAACUCACGCGGGUGGACCCUGUUCUGCAUCGCUUGCUCGUUGAGGUCCUGUUCCAUGGCUGCCACCCGGCUGUCACGGUCUCCUGUCCCCUCUGAGGCUUUGGGUGGCAGAGCCGAUGGCUGGCCUGCUGUGGCAUUCCCAUGGGAGCUGUGGCAUUCCCAUAGGAGCUGCCGGGCACCCAGCACUGGGGGCAGGAGCUCGUCUCCAUGCUGGCGCCUUGGUGGCACUUGGCUGCCCAUGUGGCCUGUGGCGAGAGGUGGUGGCUUCACUGGCUCCGCUGCUGGUCCGGGACAGCCGGGCCAUGCCGCAGGCAGCCCUUAGAACAAUUUCAGCGGCUCCGACGUGCUUGGAUUUUGAUCAGGAAUGAUCAGGUAAAUCCUGCCUUGGGAAUAUUGAUACCCCAUGGACUAUUUUUAAGUCUUUCCCCUGUUUUUUGGGGCGUGUGUAGGAGGCAGUACCUCUCUCUGGCUGGUCCCUCUGUAAGUCACUGAGUUGCAGGAACUCACUACCUGGUUUUAAGCACCCAGGUGCAGUGGCCACUGUCUUGAGUGCUCUUAGCAGCGGAGGAAUGACGAGUAACUGAAAAAGAUGUACUUUAAAGUCUGCUAGAAAUAAUCCAGGUAAUUCAGGCAUUCUCUUUUUCUUUUUUUUUUUUUUUUUUCAUCCAAUCUGAGGCUGUUAUUUAACUGAUUACAUGCCUAUGGCAACGAUAAUAAUUUGCUUUAAAUGCUGGCCCAAAAAAAAGUGCUGCUUUUAUAAGGCGAUAUUAAAAAAAAAAAAAAUCCCAACUCUGGAGAGCUGUGGUUUGGGCUGAGUUUAAGAAAAAGCAUUUUGCAGCAAGCGAGAUGCCCAUCAGCGCCGGUUCGGGCGCCCGCAUCUCCUGACCUUCCCUCCCAGCUGGGGGACCCGCCGGGCGGAAGGUUGUGUUACGGGGAGCGAAAAGCACUGAUUUUCCGGCUUCUGGUUGCGGGUACUUGUGCGUGAAGCCAGUUGGUUUGUAGUUGAAAUCCCUCGCUGGGCUGUUCUGGGGAGGGAAGGAAGUACUUGAGGGAAAGGCUCCUGCUCGCUUCUGGUCUAAGUGCGCCCAGGUUUUAACAGGAACCAUUCGGGAAAUGCGGCAGCUGAACUUGUUCCUCCCGACGUUACAACUCUGGGAUUUUCCCCGUCCGCGAGAAGCAGCUUCACCUGGGCCUUUCGCACUCGGCUGCACGCACCCCCAGCCCGGGGACGUCCACAACUCUGCUCCUUUUCCAGAGUCCUCUUCCCAUCCCACAAUUUAAAAAAAAAAAAAAAAAAAAAAUCAUGUAAAUUUGAAAAUAACUCGGUGAUUUUUCUAUCUCUGAAAUUCAAUGUACAUUUGUUACAAUGUACAGUGCUUUUUAACUACACUUGUAUAUUAAAUUAUUUAAUAGUUUUUGCUUUUCAGUAUCUUUUGUAUGUAGCAGAGAUUAAAACAAGGACCUCAUGACUGAAGUUCUUCCUAAUUUUCGAAUGCGUAUGUAAAGUUGAACAGAAAACUAGAAGUUUACAGCUAAUGUUCUGUUAAGUGCUAGGUCUGUCUAACUUGAUUUGAACAACAUAUUUCUAAUCUUUCUUGUCCAAUCAUUUAAUUCUCUAUAGAAAGAAACAUGAAGUCUUUUAUGAACUUCUAAAAAAAAAAAUUAUUCUUCUAAAGAUGUAAUUUAGAGAACUGUACAGUUUUUUUUCUCUAGUAUUUUUAAAGGAGUAGCAAGAACUUACACGGAAGCAUCUAAUCACUGUUUUGUAGAUAGUGUAAAAACUUAUAUAUGUAUAGAGAACGCAGUCUGAAGAAGUGUUUGCCUGUUGUAUUUCAUUUCCUACAGUAUGACCAUCAGAAAGGCCCACGUGCGCAGAAAAUCUAGAUUUGGCAGCUAGGGAAUUUAAAUAAAAUAAAAAUCCUGAAAUGUAUUCCCUGUCCCCCCAUUUGCGCACUCGCUGCGGCACCAGGAGUGAAAAAUGGACAUUGAUUAAAAUGUUUGGGCCUUAAGUUGCGACGCUGCCUGUGGACACAUGGAGUUCAGCGCCACGUAUUCCAUGUUACUUCACUGCUUUAAUUUUAUUCAGUUUUUCUAAAUUCUCCAGAAAGUAAAAUUAUGAUAGAAGGGGUUCGGUAAUGUCCUGUUUUCCUUUAGAGAAUUACUGACCCCUCCAAAUCAUGCUGGAUGAACCUUUUUCCAUAAUUUUUCCGUGCUGUACGGCAGUUCUCGCCGCGCUGGCGAGAAGCGAGUGAGAAAGAAAAAUCACGUGGGUAGUUCAGGUUGUACAGAACUCCGGGAGAAAUCAGGAUGAAAUAACACCCGUCUGUGCUCUUCUACUGUCCGUCUUAGCAAGUGUAUUUAAUUGUUUCCUGCAGUGAACCUUUAAAUGUUCUGUCGGGUUUGUACAAUGUAUUGUUAAGUGUUUGUAGUUCUCCGUUAAGUAGCAGGACGUGUACCUUCUGCCCGCGCUCCUUCCUGAACCUGUAAAUACAGUAACUCAUGUAAUGAGGUGGAACCGGGGGCAUUACCUUGUUGCCUUUGCUUCCUCUCGUUUUCUAUAAUAGAAGAAUUUUUAAAUAAAGUUUAAUUUUACUUCUUCUA